AUGGAUGAAAGUGAGCAAGAUCCAGCCAUAAGUGCAUCAGAAGAAGAAGUAAACAUAAUGUCUGAAGGUACUCAAGAACUAAUGAAGAAUGUUGAAGGACAGUGGGACCAGGAAGAACUGAUGAAGCCAGAGAGUUUAACUCAACUUUCCUCUGAAACUGCCAAUGCUCCUGAGAGCGAAAGCAAUCCAACUCCUAAAGGGACAGGGCAGCUCAGUAGUGACGACGUGAAUGGAAAUGAAAGCACUGUAAAAGUAAAUGACCGUACUGAUCAGCAGAAUGAAAUGGUCUCUGAAGAUGUAGCUGACGAACAACGCUCAUCUUCUCCAAAACCAGACACUGAAACAUAUUCAGUUGAAUAUAAGGAAAAUGCACAAGGCAUUGAACUUGAAGACCACAUGAAGAAUGAUGAUCAAUCUGAUAAGGUUAACCCAGAAAAUGAAGGGCCAGUUCCAACCCCAGUAGCUGAUCAACCUCAAUCUUUUCCUGAAAAUCUUCCAGAGACAGAGGGAGGUACAAUUCCCGUGAACACAGAGCAGUUAACAAAGGAUGAUUUAGGAUUGCCUAGUCUUACAACAGAGGGACAAAGGCGGAUUGUUCCAGCUUCUGAUCUAUUUUGCCAAGAUGAAGUAAUACACGAGGAUAUAUGCUGCCAUGCAGUGUCAGUUGGAGCAGAUGAUACUAUGGCAGUAUGUCCGCCAGAGCCCUCUUUGGUUGAUACUGCAGUUUGUGACACUGUGUUCGAAGAACACUCCUAUAUUAAACAAAACUCUUUGAACUUAAUAUGGUCAUUUGGAAUUAAUUCCAAUACUCCAGUACAUGCUCUGCAUAUUGACAACAGGAGGAUGAUACUUUAUGCUUCUUCGCAUACUGCAGUUAUGAAUAACUUUUCAAUUACCCAGCAACAUCUCUUGCAGGGUCAUUCUAAGCCCAUUACAUGUAUAGCUGUGUGUGGCAACAGGAGAUGGGUAGCAACAGCAGACCAAAGCCCAGAGAGUUUAGUCAUUGUAUGGGACACUUUCUCAGGUAUACCAGUACAAACACUCUUUGCCUGUCACCCGGAGGGUGGAAUUAAAGCCUUAGCUAUGUCUCACGAUGCCAAGUACCUUGCAACAGUUGGGACAGGCCUGGUUCAGCGAGUAUCUAUGUGGGACUGGAGUUCAGAAAGUAAAGAGCCACUUUGUUCUGUGGACCUGAGUCCUGCCUUUGGCCCUCAGACAUUUAUAAUAUUUAAUCCUGAAGAUAAUACUGAGUUGCUCAGCAAUAAUAAAACUGAAGUCGUAUUCUAUCGUUGGGAAAAGGACCAGUUGGAGUUUGCAUCCCCAGUUCUUACAGAUGAAACAUUUGACAAGGUUGUGGGACUCUACAGUCAGUCAGUUUUCCAUCUUGUCCCUUCACAAGUACUCACUGCUACUUCAGCAGGGAAUUUAGUUAUCUGGGCCACUGUGGGUGCAACUCAAUUUGAUACUGUGAAAUCAUAUAAAAAGAGACCUUUUAAACUGAUGAACCUACAAAACGAUAGUAUUACAGUGGUCACUGUAACUGACAGGUACAUAGUGACCUGUGAUGUCAAAGGUUGCAUCAGAUUUUAUGAUGAACAGCUUUGCUUACUUAAUUGGUACAGCAACUUUAACCUGGGGCCCAUCCAUUCAAUUUCCUUCUCCAGUCAACCAGCUCCCAAAGUCAGUGAGAAAACAUCUUACCCAUCAGAGUCUACCAUCAAUGCUCAACAAUUUGUUGUCAGAAACUUUGUCAUAGCUACAAUUGAUGGUACAGUGGCUCAUGUAACCGGAGAUGGGUGCAAACUCGAAAUGUUAUUGCAGGAGCAAUGUGCAGCAGUACAAGCCAUAGCAUGUCAUCCCUCACAGCCUCUCAUCUGUAUAGGAAGCUAUUGUGGACUCCUGAAGGUCUGGGACUAUGAGAAGAAGAAACCCAUUUGCAGCAGGCUGUUUGGAACUGGAAACUAUAUUCAGUGUGCGACUUACAAUAAAACGGGUUCACUACUGGGAGUUGGACUUACUGAUGGAUGCCUUUACAUCCUCGAUGCAAUUACUCUGAUUGAUGAGCGUUCAGAACCUUUCCACUAUGCCAAAGAUGCUAUUACUGACAUUGCCUUCUCGCACGACUCAAGUUACCUAGCAACGAUUGAUAGUAAAACCACAGUGACAGUGUUUCAUUUUGUCAAGAAUUCAUGGAUGUAUCUAGGAAGGCAAAAUGCACACUUUAAACCAAUCAAAUCUCUCAUGUUUGGGAUGUAUUUGGAUAGUAACCAACCCAGACUACUAUCUAUUGGAGAGGACAGAGUACUGGUAGAGUAUGAUCUGGCUAAUAGUACUGAGGGUGAUCUGCGGAUCUUGUGCAGUGACAGAAUGGAACAGAGUGCCGUACCUACAUGCAUGGCCUGGUAUCCACCCAUUGAUAAAGAGAGCUUCAUUAUCACAGCCAACAACCAGUAUAAGCUAAAACUCUACAAUUCCACCACCAAAAUGUGCAGGAAGACAGUAUUGAGUCCAAUCUAUGGAUCUCCUUUGAGGAAGAUGGAAAUCCUCCCUUUCUCAAGCAGCAGUGAAUCCAACGUUGGUUACUUAGCCUACAUCACAGAUGACAAGGUGGGUUUACAAACCCUACCACUGGACGGAAACCCCCACAAAUCCUGUGCUCUCAUCUGUCACGGAAAUACGGUGUCCAAUGUUGCUUGCUCCUAUGAUGGUUGUUAUAUUUUCACAGCAGGAGGAGAUGAUUGUACUGUGCAUAUGUGGAAAGUUGACCUGGCGGCUCAUGAAGCAGUGACUGCACUUGGAGGUGAGGACUUGAUGCCAUUUUAUAGUUUAUUGGAAGGUGGAAGAGAUGGAGAAUUGUUUAGGGAAAUGGAGAACUAUUUUUAUUACUCACAAUUGCGUUAUCAGCAUCUCUCCACAAUGGAGACCAGGGUGGUCUCAACUCAUAUUCCACUGCAGGAAGUUCCAUUUGUGAUGAGGGCACUGGGAUUCUAUCCAACAGAGAAAGAGGUAGAGGACAUGCUGAAUGAGGUGAAGUUCAGUAAGUACGUGGAUACAGGAAAAUAUGUUACAGAUAUCGAUUUAGAUGAAUUUAUUAAACUAUAUCUAAACCAUCGACCAGCUUUUGGUAUAUCAGCUUCUGAGCUGCAGCAUACGUUGGAUGUUCUUGGUUAUGAAAAUGAGAAUGGAGAAAAAUCAAUUGCCUUAGGAGAAUUACUACAGCUUUUGCAAACUAGAGGUGAAUGCAUGUCUGAGGAUGAAGUUGCAGAAACUCUCUCCAUACUAUUGGGUUUGAAUCCAGAGGGAGGAAGUUCCGAAUUCGAAGAUUUUGAUGCCAAAGAUACAUCAAAAUUGCUUGAACAGCAACUUCCCCAAGAGAUCACAAGUGAGCUUUUUAUACAUGAUAUGCUGGGGUUUCCCCGCAAUUCACCUACAUCCCCUUGUGAUGAGAUGAUAACCACACCAGAGCCUCCAUUAACAUAAAUACAGAAUGAAAUGUGGAAAGAAAAAUAGAGUUAACAUUUUCCUCUAUCAGAAGCAUUCCCAAUAUUUUCUGUUUUUACUUCAGAUUUUUAAGAUCUGCUGUUUUCUAAUG